CGCACGGCCGGUACUGACUGUCCCCAGCCCGCCCCAGCCCGGCGUGCCCCUGCCCAGGGGGCUGGCAGCGCUCAGCCUGGCGUGCAAGGGGCGUCCAUUGCGGCUGGAAGUGCUGGAAAAGUAAUCCAGUGCAUUCCCAAGGAGCCGCACCAGCAGCAUUCCAGGAUGGAACUCUACGGCUAUCCCCUGAAAGCCAAGUUUAACCAGCCACGGCCACCGCCUCCCAGGGUGCUGCCGGCGGCACACAGCGUGGCUGCUGGCUACAAGAACCGCAUUCCCUAUCACUCCGAGAGCUUCAGCGUGCCAUGGAUGCCCAACUCCUACUACAAAGCAGCUGCCCUCAACCCCACCUUGUCUCCCCUCACCGAGAGCUUCCCAGGGCUUCCCCCCACCAAGAUAGUUCCUUUUAUUUCCGAGAGACCCAACGGGGUCUUCACCCGGCACACGCUGGAUGACUGGCACAGGUCCAACCUGACCAACUACAAGGAGUCGGAGACCACGCGGCACAACGCGGAGCGCCUGCGCGCCGACCUGACCCGCACCAUCAAGGACGUGUACCAGCAGGCCAAGAGGACCCAAGGGGAGAGCACCAAGAACCUGGGAGAGCGCAUCAAUGACAUAGAGUACUGGAAGUCCGAGCUCUGCAUCGAGCUGGACGCCAUGAUCAGGGAGACCAACUCCCUGAUGGACAUGCAGAAACGGCUGGAGAGAGCCCUGGCCGACACCGAGGGCCCCUUCCAGGUCGCUCACAAGUGUUUGCUCAAUCGGGAGAAGAGGAUGGGCAUCGACCUGGUCAAUGACGACGUGGAGAAACAGCUGGUCACAGAAAUCAAGAUCAUCAGGUCCUGCCGGGAGAGGAUACAGCAGUGCCUGGACACGGUGAAUGCCCAGAUCAUGUGCAACAAGGAGGCCCGGCAGGAGCUGGAGAAGGACCUGGCUGACAAGCAGCUGGGCCACCACAUCGACAACAAGUGCUACCAGCUGAAGAACACCUCCAGAGGCAUCCACUUCUUCAAGGGCGUGGAGAGGAUCGAUGCCACGGUCUCGGUGCCGGAGACGUGGGCCAGGUUCACGGACAACAACAUCUUCCGCUCGCAGAGCGCGCGCGCGACCUCGGCCAAGCUGCGCGCCAGCACCGAGAGCCUCCUGAUGGGCACGGCCGACGAGAUGUGGCGCCAGUUCAGCAAGGUCAACGACGCCUUCACCAGCCGCAUCACCGAGAUCGCCAACGCCAAGAGCAAGAUCCAGACACACCUGGCCAAGACACGGCAGGAAAUUUUCCAGCUUGAGACCAAGAUCCAAGUCAUCCAGAAGACCAUAAGGGACAAAGAGGUUCAGCUGAAGGUGGCUCAGACCCGGCUGGACGAGCGCACGAGGAGACCCAACGUGGAGCUGUGCCGGGACGCCGCCCAGCUCCGCCUUGUCCAAGAGGUCAACGAGAUCAACGAGACGCUGCGGAACCUGCACCAGUGCCUGCGCGCCUCCGAGGACAUGCUGCAGAUGCUGGUGCGCUCCAAGGGGGUCCUGGAGCACGACCUGGUGGUCAAGAACAACUCUCUGUUCAUCGACCAGGAGCGCUGCAUGGGCAUGCGCAAGAGCUACCCCAGCACCGUGCAGAUCCUGGGCUACGUCUCCGCCGGGCUCACCUGAGCGCUCGGCGCCCCGGCACCCCACGUCCCCCUUCCCCUCAGCUUCUCUGCAAAUACACUGUUGCAAUUGCACAACUCCGUUAGGAUUUCAUUUCCUGGUGUAAACUCCGGGUGGAAAUUAAACGAGUGCUUUGUUUGCUGGGUUA